ACAUUUCAAACUCUGCCAGCGCAUAUCAAAAUGCGUCAAGCAGGGACAACAUCAACAGACCUAAUAAUAAUAUUACCGCGAUCAACGGUGUUUCUGAUGUAGAGGACGCUACUAUCGGUGGACAUAAUGGUGAUAGCGUCAAUGGUGUACCUGAUCAUGAUCAGGAUAAUGAGGAUGUGAUUUCUCGGAGGUCGAGCGUUAAUGGUAAUUCUCAAAGGUUGUUGGAUUCCCAAUCUGGUUUGAGUAUACAUCUGCGUCUUAAUUCGACAUCUAGUCCUUUAAUUAACAUUCCCACAACAAAUACUAGCACUCCCGCUUCAUCCAGCACCGGUGUGAACGCGAACAAUACCAGUAAUUCCUACGCAAAUGGUCACAGUGUAACGGGAUCAAUGUACGAGGAGAUUUCGCAAAUGUACCCAAGUCAAAAUGCACAGUUCAUUCCGGUUCCUCCUCAAUAUUAUACCCCCCAAUUCUUUCCAAACAAUGGACAAUUUCUUUAUGACUCUCAAUACAGAUUUGGUCGUUCCCCUCAACUUCUUCCCUCGACACAACCUAUUCCCGUAAGAUCAAACGUUUAUCCUUAUCCUCAAAUACCUGUAAUCACUCAAAUGCAUCCUCCUCCCCACUUCCACAAUCCCUUAAUUCAAACUCCACCUCUUUCUGUGAGAUAUCUAAAGCCGCCUAGUGCUGGAGGGGAUUCCGGGUUUUCGUCUCGGAGAAGCUCUUUUGAUCAAUCCAGAAAUUUUGAAUAUAGUCCACAACGGAUACAUCAACAGAAUAAGCCCAAAGAACUGGAUAAGGCUCUCUGGGUAGGGAAUCUACCAGAUUCAACCACUCACGAAGAAUUGAAGGAGUUUUUUGCCGAUGAAAAUAUGGAGACUCAUGAGGCAGUUGUUGAUGCCGUUGAAAAAUAUAACGAGAAAGAAUUUAAAGGUAUCAAGCUUGUUUGCCGACCAAGGAAGCAGACACCUGCGGACCUAAAGAAAUCAGGGUCUCGGUCUUCUCUGGUUUCUGAAAAUACAUCUCCGCCUACUCCUUCGGAAGCAGGAUCUACUGAGUCUUCUUCUACAAGAUCUCGUAGGUCAUCUGUGCCACCACGGCAACGAAUUCGACAAUCCUCAAUUACGUCUGCGUCAACUACUUCCCCGAUAUCUCCAUCAAAACCUCCAUCACAGAACAGAUAUUUUAUCCUAAAAUCGUUGACCCAAGAUGAUCUUGAUAUUUCCGUGCAAAAUGGACUUUGGGCCACGCAACCUCAUAAUGAAGCUCCUUUGAACAGAGCCUUUAAAAGCGCAGAGCAUGUUUAUCUGAUCUUCAGCGCUAAUAAGAGUGGCGAGUUUUACGGAUAUGCAGAAAUGAAGAGUCCGAUUAGCAAAGAGACAACAGAGACCGUCCAAUGGACUCCAAUUGAUGAGGCAGCACUAGCUGCCUCCUCUUCGCGACCUUCAUCUGCCUCGGAAGAUUCAAAAGUACGAGUGAAAAAGUCACAAGAUGAUGAAAAUGAAGAUUGUGAAGACGACUGUGUUCCCUCGCGAAACUGGGGAACAACUUUUAAAAUAGAAUGGAUUACAGUUAAAAAAUUACCGUUCAUUCGAACGCGUCACCUACGUAAUCCUUGGAACUUAAAUCGCGAGGUGAAGAUUAGUAGAGAUGGCACUGAAGUCGAACCAGUUGUUGGUGAAAGAUUACUUGCGGAAUUUCAUAAGGAGCCUCUGCAAGCUGUUUCCUCACCUUAUAUGCCACUUAUGUUGACGCAACCAUUAAACAUCGAUAAUCAAAAUGUCGGCGAUGCCCAAGAACGGAGGACACCGUUACCUUCUCAAAACGGGACGCCUUCAUUACAAACUCC